UGAACAGAUUAGUUAACAUGGGAAACAUGUUCAAUGUGGUCGUAUUCUGUUUCUUGUUUUCUCUCGUGUCUUGUGCACCAAAUGACGGGUUGCGUAGGAUUGGACUGAAAAAAAUCAAAUUGGACGUUAACGACCGUUUGGGCUUCAAGGAUGUUCGUGACUCUUCCGUUAGAAAGUAUCAUUUUCAAAACAUCUUCGGAGGCAACAAGGAUGCCGAUGUCGUUGCACUCAAGAAUUAUUUGGAUGCUCAGUACUAUGGUGAGAUAGCCAUUGGUACCCCUCCUCAGACUUUCACUGUUAUUUUUGACACGGGUAGCUCUAAUAUGUGGGUGCCAUCGUCUAAAUGUUACGUGUCGGUUGCAUGCUACAUCCAUGCCAGGUACAGGUCUAGCCAAUCCAGUACCUACAGGAAAAAUGGGACUUUUGCUGCAAUUCAAUAUGGUACUGGAGCAAUUUCUGGUUUCUUUAGCUAUGACAGUGUCAGAGUUGGUGACAUAGUUGUAAAUGACCAGAUAUUUAUUGAAGCAACUUCAGAACCUGGAAUUACGUUUGUGGCAGCUAAGUUUGACGGUAUACUAGGACUUGGAUUUCGAGAGAUAUCGAAGGGGGAUGCUGUUCCAGUGUGGUACAAUAUGAUUGAACAAGGUCUUGUAAAGGAUCCAGUAUUCUCCUUUUGGCUUAAUCGUAAACCAGAAGAAGAGGAAGGGGGUGAGAUUGUUUUCGGUGGUGUUGAUCCUGCUCACUACAAGGGUGAACAUACUUAUGUACCAGUGACACGAAAAGGAUAUUGGCAGUUUGACAUGGGAGAUGUGCUUAUUGCUGGCAAACCCACUGGAUAUUGUGCUAAUGGCUGUACAGCAAUUGCUGACUCAGGAACUUCUUUGUUGGCUGGUCCAACGAAUGUAAUCACUGUGAUAAAUCAAGCAAUCGGAGCUUCUGGAGUUGUAAGCAAAGAAUGCAGGUCUGUUGUAGAACAGUAUGGACAAACAAUCUUGGAGUUGCUCUUGGCAGAAGCAAAGCCAAAGAAGAUCUGCUCACAAAUUGGAUUGUGUACCUUUGAUGGGACUCGUGGUGUUAGUAUGGGUAUUGAGAGUGUGGUGGAUAAGAAUGAAAGAAAAUCAUCCGGUGGCUUCCAUGAUGCUGCUUGUUCUGCAUGUGAGAUGGCUGUGGUUUGGAUGCAGAGCCAGAUGAGGCAGAAUCUGACACAGGAUCGGAUUAUUAACUAUAUCAAUGAGCUUUGUGAUAAAAUGCCUAACCCAAUGGGAGAAUCCUCCGUUGACUGUGAUAAGAUCUCUUCAAUGCCUAUUGUUUCCUUCACUAUUGGUGGAAAAGUUUUUGACCUUGCCCCACCGGAGUAUAUACUGAAAGUGGGUGAAGGUCCUUCAGCCCAAUGCAUUAGCGGCUUCACUGCUUUGGAUGUUCCUCCUCCUACUGGCCCUCUUUGGAUCCUUGGAGAUGUCUUCAUGGGACGCUAUCACACUGUCUUUGAUUAUGGUAAUCUGAGAGUUGGAUUUGCCGAAGCUGCAUAAAGAAUGUUGUCGUGUUUCGCAUAAUGGCUACUGUUAUUAGCUAGUUGUUUUCUUUUCUUUUUUUAUUAGUAAAACCAAACAAGAAAUGUAAUGGGAAGCGUAGCUUCAAUACUACCUUGCAAUCAUAAUGUGCCUAUAAAAUUCGUGAUUGUAUAUUAAUAUUGUAGCAG